GGCGGGGCCGCGCAAGCGCGCUGCCCAUCCCGGCUCUGGAGCAUAAACAAGAGUGGGGACGGGAUGAGGCGGCGGUUGGUCCCCGCGCAGCGAGGGGCGGCGAGCGAGCCUACGAGCCGGACCGGGCGCAGCUCCUGAGUGUAGCGCGCUCCCGCGGGCAGCCCGAGUUGCGCCGCGCGCGCUCCCGCCAAGGGGGUCCGAGCCCGUCGCGCGCGCGCAGCCAUGAACCUGGCGAGCCAGAGCGGAGAGGCCGGCGCCGGCCAGCUGCUGUUCGCCAACUUCAACCAGGAUAACACGUCCCUAGCUGUUGGUAGUAAGUCCGGGUAUAAGUUUUUCUCCCUUUCUUCUGUGGAUAAGCUGGAACAGAUCUAUGAAUGCACUGACACUGAAGAUGUGUGCAUCGUAGAGAGGUUGUUCUCAAGCAGCUUGGUGGCCAUCGUCAGCCUCAAAGCUCCCAGGAAACUGAAAGUUUGCCACUUUAAGAAGGGAACCGAGAUAUGCAACUACAGUUACUCCAACACGAUACUGGCUGUGAAGCUGAACAGGCAGAGGCUCAUCGUGUGUUUGGAAGAGUCGCUCUAUAUACACAACAUCCGGGACAUGAAGGUACUUCACACCAUCCGAGAGACGCCCCCAAACCCUGCAGGCUUGUGUGCACUGUCAAUAAACAAUGACAACUGCUACUUGGCGUAUCCAGGGAGUGCGACCAUUGGAGAGGUGCAGGUCUUCGACACCAUUAACUUGAGAGCUGCAAACAUGAUCCCGGCUCAUGACAGUCCCUUAGCAGCCCUGGCUUUUGAUGCAAGUGGGACCAAGCUUGCCACUGCUUCUGAGAAGGGGACUGUGAUCCGGGUGUUUUCCAUUCCAGAGGGACAAAAGCUGUUCGAGUUCCGGAGAGGAGUGAAGAGGUGUGUGAGCAUCUGCUCCCUGGCCUUCAGCAUGGAUGGCAUGUUCCUCUCCGCAUCCAGCAACACCGAAACUGUGCACAUCUUCAAACUUGAGGCCGUGAGGGAAAAACCUCCAGAAGAGCCCACCACCUGGACUGGCUACUUUGGGAAGGUGCUCAUGGCAUCUACCAGCUACCUGCCCUCACAAGUGACAGAAAUGUUCAACCAGGGCAGGGCCUUUGCCACUGUCCGCCUACCAUUCUGUGGCCAUAAAAACAUCUGCUCAUUAACCACAAUUCAGAAGAUCCCACGGUUGCUGGUAGGAGCAUCAGAUGGCUAUUUAUACAUGUACAACCUGGACCCCCAGGAAGGCGGCGAGUGUGCCCUGAUGCGUCAGCACAGACUCGAUGGUAGUAUGGAGACGACCAGUGAAAUUGUAGAUUCUGCCUCUCAUGACUGCCCCUUAGUAACACAGACGUAUGGCGCGGCAGCUGCCAAAGGAGCCUAUGCGCCCUCAUCCCCAACGAGACUUGGUAAAGGGCAGGACGCCAACCUAGAAGCCUAUACAGAUGACUUGGGUGCCGUGGGGGGCACAUGCUUGGAGGAUGAAGCCAGUGCCCUGCGCCUGGACGAAGACAGCGAACAUCCUCCCAUGAUUCUCCGGACUGACUGAUCCGGACCUGUGAACUCUGGCCAAGGAACAGAGAGCCCUGGCCUGGCAGAGGACUUGUGCAUUGCUGCUAUGAACUUUGACCUGGAUUGAGGGAGAGGAUGGCAGAGACUUUAAAGCAAAGAGGUUGUAGUUAUAGCCUAUCCAUACUGUUGAGAAAAUACACUGUUCUCACUUCGGCAACUUUGA